AUGUCAUUUUCACAGUUUUUGCCAGAGCCCAAGCACCAGUCCUCGGGACCAGCGCGCGCCAAAGCGACCACAUCGACCACAGCAGUCACAGCAGCCGCAUCAGCCACAGAGAUCCCGCAGCAGGGCCGCCGCAAGGGCUGGGUGCCCAAGACCGAGGCAGACUUUGGCGGCGGCGGGGCCUACCCCGAGAUCCACGUCCUGCAGUACCCGCUGGGCAUGGGCCGCAAGCGCUCUGCCAAGGGCAACGCCGUAGCCAAGCAGGUCGACGGCUCCGGCAACAUCAGCUACGAGGCGCUCGCCCGCCACGGCACGCGCGAAAGCCAAGUAGUCCAGUCGACGUUCAAGGAGCUAGUGCCGCUAGCCGAGCGCGCGGGCUUUUCCGGCGCCGUCAUCCCCGCGCGGCCCACCGCCGAGUCCGUCGAGGAAACAGCGGAGCGCACGCGCCGCGCACUGGACAGAAUCACCGGCGAGCGCCUCGGCGCCAAGGGCACCGCAGCCAAGGGCGCAGCAGCCAGGGCCGAGCCAACAUACGUGCGGUACACGCCUAAUCAGCAGGCGCCCGGCUUCAACUCGGGCGCGGCUCAGCGGCUAGUGCGCGUCAGCGAAAUGCCCGUUGACCCGCUGGAGCCGCCCAAGGUCAAGCACCAAAAGGCCGCGCGCCGCCCAGGGUCGCCCCCGGCGCCCGUCAUGCACUCGCCGCCGCGCAAGCUGACCGCCGACGAGCAGCGCGACUGGAUCGUCCCGCCCUGCGUGUCCAACUGGAAGAACAUCCACGGCUUCACCGUCUCCCUGGACAAGCGGCUGGCCGCCGAUGGCCGCGGCUUGGAGGACGUGCAGGUGAGCGAUGGCUUUGCCCGCCUGGCCGAGGCCCUGGGCUCUGCAGAGUCGCAUGCGCGCGAGGAAAUCGCCGAGCGCGCGCAGAUCCAACAGACCCUGGCGCGCCGCGAGAAGGAGGGCAAGGAGGAGCGCCUGCGCUUGCUUGCACAGCGCGCGCGCGAGGAGAGGGCUGAGAAGAAAUCGGCCGCCGGCGCUGAGGAGAGGGCCGAGUAUCACAACCACAACCGCAACCGCAACCACAACCACAAUCACAAUCACAAUCAUGAUCGGGAUCAGGGCCAUGAUCACGGUCACGGCUAUGGUGCCGAUGCUGCCGUGCGCGAGAGAGACCAGCUACGCGCCGAGCGGCGCAAGCAGCACGAGCGCGAUCUCCGCCAGCAGCGCUCUGGAGGCGGCAGCGGCAAGAAGCCGCGCGAUGACCGCGAUAUUUCGGAGAAAAUCGCCCUGGGACUUGCCAAGCCCACAUCCAUGUCGCGCGAAAGCAUGUUUGACUCACGGCUGUUCAACCAGCCCAGCGCAUCCAACGCGCAGCUGCAAAACGACGAGGCAUACAAUCUGUACGACAAGCCGUUGUUCAGCUCAGCACCACACCAGACGUAUCGCCCGCGUGCCGGUGCUGAUGAUGAGCAGCAGCAGGCCGGUGAUGUGGAGAGAUUGAUGGAGUCGGACCGUUUCGGUGGCCAAGGUGGGCUGCGUGGCGGUGUCAAGCGGCCGCGUGCUGUGGAGGCUGGGAGGCCUGUGGUGUUUGAGAAGGAGGCUGAUGUGUUUGGCAUUGAUGCCUUUGUUGGCAGCACGCGGUCUUCCGAAGACAAGCGCCCGAGAAACCAGUGA